AUGCCGGCAGGUGUCUUAUUGGAAGAAGACCCGAGUGAAUCGGAAAUAUUAGCUUUAGUCCUAGCCGCAAAAUAUGUUAAUGAGAAUCCUUCCAUUCUGCCUUUUACCAAAUUUUCAUAUUUCUGUUCAAGAAUUUCACGACAGUUUGAUAGUUUUGAAUACAUCCAAAAUGUUUGUCGACAGGUUUCUAAGGAGAUUGUAACUAUGGUAGGCCCCCUAAGUUCACAAGGAGUCAGAGCAUCGUAUCCAAUCACAUCAGCGCUUCAUAUACCACAGAUCGCAAUCCUCGCGACGGAUUCGUUGCUGUCCUUACACCAAACUACAUUCCCAUAUUUGAUGAAGAUGACGUCACCAGAUUAUAUUCAAAGCGCUGUUUUGGUAGAUUUAGUAGAACACUUCAAGUGGACGAGGUUUGCUAUUCUGACGUCACAUGCAGAAUACGGUGUAAACGGUCUUGUUCGUGAGUUUCAUACAAUGGCAGUGGAGCGUGAUUGGUCGAUAGUUAGCGUGGAACAAUUCUGGCCAACCAAUAAUCGAUCCGAACUGGACGUGACAGAGCAGCUAAUGAAUAUUCGUUCAAAAGGUGUCCGCAUUGUAUUACUUCAUUGUCAUGCACUGUAUGCAAAUGUGGUGUUACGUCAGGCCGAGAGGUUGGGCAUGACGGGUAAAGGAUGGGCUUGGAUAGCAACGGAUAUUGUUACAACAAUGCCCGGACUGUACGACACGAAUGGCACGAUACCAUCUUUUUUAUUGGGAAUGGUUGGAACGAGGCCGUCCAUUGGGAAUGGCGAAUUAGCAGAAGUCUUACAUAAAUACUGGAAUGUGUACAAUGGAACGUUUCCAAUACAGCCAUUCGUAUACCAUAUAUUCGAUGCCAUCUUAGCAGUCGCUUAUGCUCUGACAGAGUAUUUCGAAGAUGGGUUGCCAUGGUCACCGCCAAAUUACACUAGAAAAGUUUGUGCUGAUGAGGAGUCGUUGCCAUGGGUACACGGAUCAGUCUUGAUGCAGUAUUUAGAACAGGUUAGUGGCCCAGGGACAGCUAGAUAUUUGAAUUUCACCCAUACAAGGACGCCGGCUGUCACCGUGUAUGAUAUUGUUAAUUUCAAGGCGAAUGGCACAAUACAGAUUGGAGAGUGGCGGACAAAGGGAGAUAUCGACGUGAACUCCUCAUUGAUAACGUUCAUGGGUGCGACAGAGGAAGCACCGGUGGACAACGACUAUGAUCUUAGCAAUACUACACUGAUUAUUACGACCAUAUUGGAGGAACCGUUUAUGAUGGUCAGAAGCGAUAACACAACCGGAAAUGACAGAUUUCACGGAUUUUGCAAAGAUUUACUGGACAAAUUACAAAUGGCGUUACAAUUUGAGUACGAAUUAGAACUGGUGCCUGAUGGGAAUUUUGGAUCACUUGACCCUGAAACUGGCGAGUGGAAUGGUAUGGUGCGGCAGUUGAAAGAGCGGGAAGUCGAUUGGGCUGUUGCUCCUUUUACCAUUAGUUACGAGCGACAGCAAACGAUCGAUUUCACCAAACCUUAUCUGGACUUGGGAUUGACUAUUUUACUCGGACACGAGAAAAAAGAGAGACGACUCUUUCAGUUUUUAGAGCCGUUCAGUACCGACUUGUGGAUCGCUAUCUUCGUCUCCAUGGUAGCGUGUGGAGUGGGCGUCUCGCUAUGUAGCUAUUUCAGUCCGUACGGCUUCCAUGGCAUGUAUAUUCAGCGGAUUGAUUUGAGUGAACAGCGUUCGUAUAGCUCACGCAAACUGAUGUCGCUUCCCCAGGCGUUCUGGUUCGCCUUCGCCUCGUGGACCCAUCAGGGGGCCGAGUACACGCCACGUUGUUUAUCUGGUCGCGUAGUUGGAGGGUUUUGGUGGCUAGCUGUCACUGUCAUCAUCGCCACGUAUACAGCUAAUUUAGCAGCGUAUUUGACUGCGGCGAGAUUGAACAGCGGUAUUAAUUCUAUCGACGACUUAGCUAAUUCUGAUAUCUACUUUGGCACCGUAGCUGACAGUCAACCGCAGUCGUUUUUCGAACAAUCGGACUCCGAUCCUUACCGACGAAUGUCAUCCCUCAUGCAGGCCUACGACACCCUGGUUGACGACUCCGUGGCGGGAAUCAACAAAGUCCGUAAUGGGAAAUACGCAUUUAUCUGGGACUCUGCAGUUUUGGACUACGCAGCGAGUAAACCACCUUGCGAUGUGCGAACGGUGGGGGCGACAUUCGCUAAGAUUGGAUACGGGAUUGGUCUACAAUUAAAUUCUCCGCAUACCGAGAGGGUUACACUGGAAAUUUUAAGACUACGUCAAAAAGGAUUUAUUGAUAAAUUGAACCAGAAAUAUUUUAAAGGAGAUUGUCAGAAUGUUGGCGAUGGGUCCACGCCCGGUGAAACGACGCUAAAUUUCCAUGGUAUGGCUGGCGUGUUCUACUGUUUAUUUGGCGGGUUUGCUGUUGGUUUGUUAGUAGUGGUUAUUGAAUGGUGUUGGGCUGCAUAUAGAGAAAGACGUGACCACAAACAAAUGACCUGGUGCCAGGCAGCGUCGAGAAGAGCGGCUAGAACCAGAGAUGACUUUGUUGAAACGUGCCUCUGUUGUGGUAUGCACCCAGAAGAUGAAAUAACGGACAGACAAACGGGGACUGAAAAUGGUCACACGAUUCCUGACUACGAGUAUGAAUCGCCGGGACUAGAAGAAUGUCCACUGCGGUCACAAUUGUCAAUAAAAUCACCAAAUAGGCAAUAUCGACUUAACUCUUGUUCGUUUGAAACGACAGAAUCUAUUAUGUAG